CAGCUCCUAACAGACAAAAAACGUCAGAGAGAAGCUUCCUGCUUUCAUCCAGCAGUCCGAGAGACAAGCAGUUUAUAAACUCACCGCGAGGACACAGCGAUCUGACACAAACUGUCAGACUUCCGGAUUCAGACCCCUGACUUCCCCUCUGGAGCCAAACCGACCGGAAGUCGGGUUGACAGAGCUCAAUCCAUAUUAGGACAUUUCCUGUUCCUGCGCGCGGCCUGGAUGUAGUCAGGAAUGAAGUCUGCGCGUGCAGCCACACCUCAUCACCUCAUCAAAAGUCCUUUCAGACAGCUAAAAGUUCUGUAGAUGGUUUUAGUUUGUGGACUGUGUGACAGUUCAGACCUGGUUCAGACCUGAAACUUUAGCCCUGAGACUUUAGUUUCCGGUGCAGUAGAAACACAAUAAAAGUUUGGUUUUGAUUAUUUCUGGAUUUCAAUUUAACAAUUUAUUAUUAAGGCAAAUAGAACAUUUGCAAGUUUUUUUUUUUUUUUUAAAUAAGGAAGCUUUGUCUAAGAAAAGAGUCGGAUCUUCCACCACUAGGUGGCAGUGAUGCACUAAACGGUUCCUGGACGGUCUGAGGCGGACAGGAAAGAGGCAGUAGAAGACGAAGAAGCAGGAAACGAAGAAGAAGAAUUGCAAGCCGAGGAGCCACGGAUCCUCCAGGUUCGGCGCUAUGAUGGGUGAAGUUCGGGUUCUGGAGUUGUACAGCGGUAUCGGAGGGAUGCAUUAUGCUUUUAAAGAGAGUGGCGUACCUGCCCAGGUAGUGGCUGCUGUCGACAUCAAUACCAUCGCUAAUCAAAUCUACAAGCACAAUUUCCCUGAGACCCCCCUCUGGAACAAGACCAUCGAGGGCAUAACGUUAGAUGACUUCAAUAAGUUGUCUUUUGACAUGAUAACGAUGAGUCCUCCUUGCCAGCCGUUCACCAGGAUCGGACUUCAGGGCGACGUCUCUGAUAGCAGAACAAAGAGCUUCCUCUACAUCCUUGAUGUUUUACCCAGACUGGAAAAGCUCCCCCGCUUCAUCCUGCUGGAGAACGUCAAAGGUUUUGAGACGUCUUCUGCCAGAGAGCGCUUGCUGAAAACUCUGACAAACUGUGGAUACACUUUCCAGGAGAUCAUGGUCUCACCCACAAGCGUCGGGAUUCCAAACUCCAGACUGCGUUAUUUCCUGUUGGCUCAGAGUUCAGCAGGAGACUCAGACGUCCAGAUAAAUUCACAGAUUUGUGAUGCCUUCCCUCCCCCGGCUGAGAGUGCCCCCCCCCAGCAGCCCUCGGUCCUGAGUCCUACCUGCAGGACUUCUGGUCAGACUGAGGAGGAAGUGCACGGCGACCACGUCCUGUACAAACGUGAGACGGCAGCAGAAGUUGAGAAGAAGCUGGUUCAGAACAACGACCCUUCAGUCAGGCAGAUCCAGGACUUCCUGGAGCCUCAGAUGGAUGUCAACAUGGAGCCUUAUCUCCUCCCCCCUAAAACUCUGCUCCGGUACGCUCCGGUCCUGGACAUCGUUCAGCCAAACUGCAGGAGGUCCGUGUGCUUCACCAAAGGCUAUGGUCGGUACGUAGAGGGAACUGGCUCGGUGCUCCAGACCUGCAUGGAAACUCAGAUUGAUGCUGUGUUCUCGGGUCUGGACCAGUUAUCUGAAGAGGAAAAACUCCAGCAGCUACUGAAACUAAAGCUCCGUUAUUUUACUCCCAGAGAAGUAGCGAACCUCAUGGGCUUCCCUCACAGUUUCUCCUUUCCACAGCAGAUUUCUACCAUCCAGAAAUACAGAGUCUUAGGAAACAGUCUCAAUGUGGUGGUGGUGUCCAAACUUAUUCAGCUGCUGCUGACACCACCCAGGUCUGCUGACACCACCCAGGUCUGCUAACGCCACCCAGGUCUGCUGACGCCACCCAGGUCACGUAACGCCACCCAGGUCUGCUAACACCACCCAGGUCUGCUGACACCACCCAGGUCUGCUGACGCCACCCAGGUCACGUAACACCACCCAGGUCUGCUAACACCACCCAGGUCACGUAACACCACCCAGGUCUGCUGACACCACCCAGGUCACGUAACGCCAUCCAGGUCUGCUGACACCACCCAGGUCACGUAACGCCAUCCAGGUCUGCUGACACCACCCAGGUCACGUAACGCCACCCAGGUCUGCUAACGGCUCCGUCCUCCAGGAGGAGAGAGAAGGACAGUAAUGAGUGGGUGGUCUCAGUCCACUGGAUGGGGUUGAUAAUGUGUUCAGGAUGUUUUCUGGAUGAAUGAAGGACGAAACCCUGAAAAUGAGUUUCUGUUUCUUAUUAUUUUAUUGUGAGAAUAAAAAGUAUGUUUU